AUGGAGCACCAUGAUCCCGUUGUACAAGAACAAGGGGAUAUCCAGAACUACAACAACUAUAGGGGUAUCAAGCUGCUGAGCCAUACGAUGAAAGUUUGGGAGAGAGUGGUGGAAGCGAGGAUGAGGAAGAUAGUGUCUAUUUUGGAAAACCAGUUCGAAUUCAUGUCGGGGCGUUCGACUACAGAAGCCAUUCACCUUGCGAGAAGGUUGCUGGAGCAGUACAGGGAUAAGAAGAAAGACUUGCACAUGGUGUUUGUUGACCUAGAAAAGGCUUACGAUAAAGUCCCAAGGGAGGUGCUGUGGAGAUGUCUGAAAACUAGAGGUGUUCCUGGGUCCGCUCUUAGUCCCUUUUUGUUUGCUUUGGCGAUGGACGCUCUGACGCGCCACAUUCAAGGAGAGGUGUCGUGGUGCAUGUUGUUUGUAGAUGAUAUUGUGCUUAUUGACGAGUUGUGGAGCGGUGUUAGCGCGAGACUGGAGGUAGAGGGUGAGGACGUGCAGCUAGAUAUUCAAGUCAUCCCGAAGAAAGAAAGUUUCAAGAAAGUUUCAAGUACCUGGGGUCGAUCAUCCAAGGGAAUGGUACCUAUAAUAAAGGGAAAGUUCUACAAAGUGGUGGUUAGACCGACUAUGUUGUAUAAGACAGAAUACUGGCCAGUUAAGAAAGCGCAUGACCAAAAAAUGAAGGUAGCAGAGAUGCGGAUGCUGAGAUGGAUGUGCAGGCAUACUAGGAGAGAUAGGAUUCAGAAUGAAGUAUUUCGGGACAAGGUGGGUGUGGCCCCAUUGGUGGAUAAGAUGCGAGAAGGGAGUUUGAGAUAG